AUGGCGGCUUCCACGACGUUUUGGCUCUUCCUGGCUCUCUCGGCCGUCAGCUUCUGUGACCGGUCCAUGGCUUCCCGGGUGCUUCAGCAAGUGCCGACUCCGCCGUCCAAAGCUGGGACAACCCCCGGGCAGUGCACCGGCGUCACCUUCCCCGCAAACGCCCUGCGCUCUGUCGCCGCGAACUGUACCGGUACGCAGCCCUCCCAGGUCACAUGCUGUGGCGCCAUCAACAAUCUGUGGGAGAACGCGGGGAUUGCGUCAAACCAGGCAGCCCAGACCCUGGGUAACGCCACUGUCAAUCGCAACACGGAGCGGGCGUGCCUCGACUUGACCCUGCGAGACCUCGCGCCGUUCGGCGUUAUCGCUAACCUCUCCAAGGGGUGCGCGGACCCUUUGAUUUUCGAGAUCACGCCCAACAACACGUGCCCCAUCAAGGUUCUGCCGACAGCCGCCGCUCAGGCCGCCCUGAGCGCCUGCGCAAAUCUGCUCACGGCCAACAUUAACUUCGUGUGCGGUGCCUGCUUCAAUGCCUUCACUGACGUGACCGCGGGUCUCCUCGGGGUGUCGCGUUCGGGGGCGCUGUCGGCCAUCGCGGCCGGCAAUACGACCGCGCAAAACUGCGCCACUGUCACAAUUGUGCGCUUGCUCCAGCUGAACCCCGGGGAAUUCUACCGGGUGGGCGCGUUUCUGGAUAAGGCAUUCAACGGGGCGGGGUGCGCUGCUGGGCUGGGGCUGAAGUACUCCACGCACAUGCUCCUGCUAAAAUACCCCGGAACCGAAGGCGACUCAGAGGUCCAAGCAGACGCAGGUCAGGUUGUGAAGAAGGGGAAGCGGAAGAGGGUGAUACUAGAAGAAAGCACAGUGGCCCAGUCGGUGCAUGUCAAUGCCGCUAUUCUGGCGACAAAGAGCGAGGUCCUGGACCGCCUUCUGAACAGUGAGAUGCAGGGAGAGAGUGCGGUUCCCAGCGUUGUGCUGCAGUCAGAGGAGGAGGCAGGCCUGAUGAUCACCCUGCUGAAGUUUUGCUAUAGCUCUGGAGCGGUAGAGGAAGUGGCGGCCAGCAAGGAGAGGUUGCUUGGGCUGCUCAUGCUGGCCGACAAAUUCGGGGUCACAGAGUGCAUCCAAGCGUGCGCUAGCAUUCUGGGGAAGAGCGUGUCAACAGUAGCGGACGCGGGUCUGUACCUCUCCCUACCCGCACACCUAAGAGAGCAGCCCGCACUUCGCUCAUACGUAGAGCUCAGCUCCAAGGCGCUCAUGAAGCUUCUGUAGAAUCUAGAUGCGCUCUUCGACUCUGAGAAGUACCUUACCCUGUCUCUUGAGGUCCUGAAGUUGGCGCUUGGAAGUCAAUCAGCGCAGGUGCGGUCAGAGAACACGUGCUUCUGCUUAGUGUGGAGCUGGGUCGCUGAGCACUGCAAAGGGCCGUCUGCGCGGAAGGUGGCCCUUGGGGAGCUCCUCCCGCUCCUGAGAUUCCACCAGAUGACGGGCGACUUCCUGCUUGCUAUUGCGGCCCAGCCGGAUAUGACCAGGCCUUCGGCGGCAGGGCUCAUCAAGGCAGCACUUCGCUACAGAACAGGCCCCUUUACAAAAAGCCCUGGAUGCUUUGGGUUGAGCAGUGUUGGCAAGCGGCCAUCUUGCGCCUCGUACUACUGCUUUGAGAGCAUUCCUGAGAGCUCUUUGGUUGGCCUGGAAUCUGGGUACUCAAUCAAUGUUCCACAGAUUUUUGUUGAUGGUUACAUGUUCCAGUUGAACAUAGAGCGGAUGUCAGACGGGGUUUUCAAACUCACUCUCUGGGUCAACGGGUGGAAACAACUGCAAAGCGCGGAGGACAGAGUGUCCAUCUUUACAAGGCUGUCGGCAGUCUCAGCUCAGCCAGAAUUGAUUUGGACACAAAGCUGGGUAGACAGCAUAGUUGGGCAUGGUUACAUUAUGAAAAGUGUGAAGCUGCUUACAGAUGACGGGAAGUCAGUCCAGCGAAAGUAUCUAGGUCACCUGGAAAGGAGCAUGACCUUGGAGCUUGUGACAAUAUGGAAAACGUAAUUUGGGAGGAAAUUUGCUC